AGAGGGCAGUGUUGUUGACAGUGUUCAGUAAUGCUGUGGAAGGUGUGUAGAGAAGAAGCUGUAGAGCAGUCAGUGUGAGUCAGUUCUGUGCAGAUUAAAGAAUAAAGACAUAUACUCCAUCUCUGAUUGGCUGAGUGGCUAAAAUGGGAACUGAUAAUCAGGUGAUCAGGUGUAAGGCGGCCGUGGCCUGGGAGGUGGGGAAACCGCUGAGUAUAGAAGAGGUUGAGGUCGCUCCACCCAAAGCUCAUGAAGUCCGAAUUAAGGUGGAAGCGAGUGGUGUGUGCCACACAGACUGGGCGUAUCUGUAUGAGUGUGGUAAAGGAAUGGCGCCCCGCCCCUUUCCACUAAUACUGGGACACGAGGGGGCUGGAGUGGUGGAGAGCAUUGGGCCAGGAGUGCUAGGUUUCUCACCAGGUGAUAAGGUGAUCCCCCUGUUCCUGCCCCAGUGUAAACAGUGUGAGUGCUGUCUGAGCAGCAAAUCUAAUCUGUGCUCAGAGAACUGGGAAAACACUCAGCAGGGUGUUUUAGCAGAUGGUACGAGCAGGAUCACCUGUAGGGGGCAGCAGGUGUACCAGUUUAUUGGAGUUAGUACCUUCAGUGAGUAUACAGUGGUACCAGAACACAACAUCACCAAAAUCCACCCGGAUGCCCCGCUUGACCGGGUCUGCCUGCUGGGCUGUGGAGUGGCUACUGGAUACGGAGCUGUUCUGAACACAGGCAAAGUUGAAGCCGGUUCAGUCUGCGCUGUGUUCGGUUUGGGUGCCGUGGGUCUGGCUGCCGUUAUGGGCUGCAGGAACGCCGGGGCCAGCAGGAUCAUCGGCGUCGACAUCAACCCAGAUAAACUUGAGAUCGCCAAGAAGUUUGGAGUGACGGAGUUCAUAAACCCUAAAGAUCACAGUAAACCCAUUCAGGAGGUUCUGAGAGAGAGGACCGGCGGAGGACCCGACUACAGCUUUGAGUGUGUGGGGAAUGUGGCUGUUAUGAGGGCAGCACUGGAGUCAUGCAAACCAGCAUGGGGUACCUGCGUGAUUGUGGGCUGGACAGAGCUGGAGGACAUGUCCCUGGCACCUAUAGACCUCCUUCUGGGACGCACUCUAAAAGGAACAUAUUUUGGCGGAUGGAAGAGUGUGGACGGCGUGCCCCGGCUGGUGGAGGACUACCUGAGUGGUCGGCUGCUGUUGGAUGAGUUUGUGACCCACACACUGCCCCUGGAUCAGAUUAACCAGGCCUUCGAGCUGCUGAUCAGCGGUAAAAGACACUAUAUAUGUCCAACAACACCCAGGCAUCCUAUGUUAUACAUGCGUUAGGCUACUUUUAAGGAAGGAAAGAAGGAAAAGGAAAGAAAAUGAAGUUAUCCGCACGGUGAUAACACUAUGAGCUGAAGCUGUCAUCAAGUCCAAGUUUUGCAGCCAUUACAUCAUAACAUCUGCUGUCAAAAUGACAGCAGCAUCAGUCACAAUGAUGACCAACCUCCAUCACUAGAGCAACAGCAUCAGACAGUAUGACAUCAUAAGUAUCAACAUAAUCCAUCAUCUGCAUUGCUUUGACAUCUUCGGGUGAAAUGUUGAUGUCCUCUAUCACAAUGACAUCCUCAGUUGCUAUAACAACAGCAACAUCAGUUAGAAUGGUGCCGUCCUCAGUCAUUAAGUCACUACAACAUCAUUGGUAAAAAUAAAGAGGAUUCUAUGUUUACAAUGACAUCAUCAGUUAAAAUAAUGACUGACCUCUGUUACUAUGGCAAGAGCAUCAGUGGCUGUGACGUCAUCAAUAUCAGUAUCAGUCAGAUUUAAUCCACGCUCUGUUGCUGCAAAAACAACAUUGGUUUCUAUGACCUCAUCAGUCAAAAUGUUGUAGCUACAACAGCAUCAGCCGCUGUGACAGCAUCAGUCCAAAUGGUGAUGUCCUCUAUCAUAAUAACAUCCUCAUUUGCUAUAACAACAGCAACAUCAUUCAAAAUGAUGCCGUCAUUAAGUCAGGACAACAUCAUCGGUCAUAUUAAUGAUGAUUCUGUGACAACAAUGACAUCAGUCAAAAUGAUGAUCUCAACAGCAUCAGUCGCUGGAAUGUCAUCAAUAUCAGUCGAAAUUAUUCCGCUCUCCAUUACUACCAAAACGACAUCGUUUGCAGCUACAAGAGCAACAGUCACUUUAACAGCAUGAGUCCAAAUGGUGAUGUCUUUUAUCAUAAUGGCAUCCUCGGUUGCUAUGGCAACAUCAACAGGAGUCAAAAUGAUGCCGUCCUCUGUCAUUAAGUCACUAUAACAUCAUCGGUCAGAAUAAUGAUAAUGGCCGAUGACCUCUGUCACUAUGGCAACAGCAUUGGUUGCUGUGAUGUCAUCAGUAUUAGUAUCAGUUAGAAUUAUGCCACUCUCCAUCACUGCAAUAACUAUGUUGGUUGGUAUGACUUCAUCAGUCAGAAUGUUGUAGCUUACAGCAUCAGUUACUUUGACAGCAUCAGUUUAAAUGGUGAUGUCUUCUAUCAUAAUAACAUCUUCAGUUACUAUGACAACAGCAAAAUCAUUCAAAAUGAUGCCGUCCUCAGUCAUUAAGUCACUACAACAUCAUUGUUCAUAAUAAUGAUAAUUCUGUGACUAAAAUGACAUCAGUCAAAAUAAUGAAUGACUUCUGUUACUACGGCAACAACAUCAAUAUCAGUCAGAAUUAUUCCGCUCUCCAUUACUGCCAAAAUUACAUUGUUUGCUGUGACAUCAUCACUCAGCAUUUUGUAGCUACAACAGCAUCAGUCAGUAUGACAUCUUCAGUUGAAAUGGUGAUGUUUGCUAUUACAAUGACAUCUUCAGUUGCUAUGGCAACAACAUGCGUCAAAAUUAUGCCGUCCUCAGUCAUUUAGUCACUAUAACAUCAUUAUUUGUAAUAAUGAUUCUAUCCGACAAAAUUAUGACGUCUGUCACUAAGGCAACAGCAUCAGUUGCUUUGACAACAUCAGUCCAAAUGGAGAAGUCCUCUGUAGGUACAGCAACAGCAUAAUUUGCUGGGAUAGCAUCAGUCAAAAUGGAGAUGUCCUGUCACUAUGAUGACAUCAUUCAUCACUAUGACAGUGGCCACAGUUUCCAGCACUCUCAGGGAUGUGUUUUUCAUGAAUUAUCUGAACACUGUGCAGAAAAACAGACCAAUGCCACCUGCAGCACCAGCAGCAAACAUCAGAAAAUCCAUGAACUUAUAAUAUAUAAUAUUAUAAGAUAUAUAAUAUAAUAUGUAAUAUAUCUCUGUCGUUCAUAAAGUCUAUGUAUGGGUAAUGAGCAAAACUCUUAGGAUGGAACAAAUAUCUGUUAUCAGAACAAAAAACACAGAUAGACAGACAGACAGGUGUUGUGUGUUUGUAUUGGGACUGUAAACAGGGUUUGUAAUAAAAUCAGC